GUUUACUUAAGCGAAUGUAGCCUGGAGUUUGUGGAGGAGUGUUCCCUGAAGGGCUUCACUCCAAAUCUGUUGUGUUCGACAUGUGACCUGAUGGAUGACUUCAAAUUGGGUGCCAUCAAGUCCGACUGCUUACAGUGCUGUCAGAAAGAUCAAGUUGAACAGGCAGGCCCAACUGUAAACUUGGGUGUAGUGUUUAAUGUCCUCACGUUUGUGAAAAGUGACCGUGUCAACCAGUUUCCUGGGCUGACCGUGCGCUACGUCCGCGGUGCUGACCCCAGUAUCAAGCUGCUGGACGAAAAUCACAAUGUUGUGGAGACUUUGGGAAUCGACAAGUGGAACACUGAUUCUGUCGAGGAGUUCUUUCAGGAGCAUCUCCAGAAUUAA